GUCUUCGUGUGGUUGCUUCUAGACCCUGCAUUUCAAUUUGUCCAACGUCACGCACUCAGAAUGACUCUGGAAAUGUAUGUGUAAAAGAAAAAUUCCGACAGUUUAUCAUUUUAUGGUUUACAAUAACUUAUAGUUAAUAAUACAUUUACUAUUCCCAUUCCAAAAUCUUCUGUUGUGCGCAAAAGAAUGUUUUGGCGUAACAUGUUCCUCUCCACCACCACCAACCAUGUUACCUUUCUUCUGUUCCUGUCUCUGUUCGUAAACGAACCGUUUUGUUCCUCUGCAGCUCCGGUUUACAAUUACUGCCCAACCAACGCAACCUAUAAUUCCACCGCAACAUUCGAAAACAAUCUUAAAUACCUCCUCCAAUCUCUUGUCUCCAACGCUUCCGAAUCCGACGGCUCCUAUUCCACCUUCAUGGGCUUGGGGUCCGUAAACGUCGCCAGCGGCUCUUUACUCUGCCGCGGCGACGUCUCCCUCGCCACGUGUAACGACUGCAUAACCACCGCCGCCACCGAAAUAACACAACUCUGCCCCAACAAAACAGAGUCCAUAAUAUGGUACGACGAGUGCAUGAUCCGUUUCACCAACACCUACUUCAACCCCACCAGCAUCGAACCGGGAGCCAGCUUGUCGAACGAUGAAAACAUCUCCGCCUCCGACUUGGUCAGCUUUAACAGCACGUUGUUCGGCUUGUUGGGCGAUUUGGUGGAAGAGACUGCGAGUUCUAACUCGGCGAGGAAAUUCGCCACUGGCGAUAGAGAAUUCGCCGGAUCCUCGCCUCAGAGACGGGUGUACGCCCUGACGGAGUGUGAUCCGGAAUUAACGAAUAGUGUGUGUGAAGAGUGUUUGCAAAACGCCAUUUCAACUCUUCCGUCGUGCUGUGAAGGAAAACAGGGCGCGAGGGCUCUGCUUGCACUGUGCAAUGUUAGAUACGAAUUAUUUCAGUUUUACAAUGAGAGCACCACGUCAGCACCUUCAUCAGGAAAUAACAAUUAUGUAAUACGAGUAAUCUUAAUCGUUGCGCUGGUUAUUGUGUCGAUAGUUCUCUUAUGCGGUGUCUGCUAUUUCAUAUUCAAAAGAUCAAAGAGGAGAUACAACACUCUUCUAAGGGAAAAUUUUGGAGAAGAAAGUUCCACUUUGGAAUCGUUACAAUUUGAUUUGGCCACAGUGGAAGUUGCCACAAAGAAGUUUUCACAUGAAAACAGGAUAGGUGAAGGUGGAUUUGGAGAUGUUUAUAAGGGUAUCCUUCCCGAUGGACGACAAAUAGCAGUUAAAAAACUUUCACAUAGUUCAGGCCAAGGUGCAGCAGAAUUCAAGAAUGAGAUUUUGUUAAUAGCAAAACUUCAACAUAAAAAUUUAGUGACAUUAUUAGGAUUUUGUUUAGAAGCUGAAGAAAAGAUGCUUAUUUAUGAAUUUGUGCCUAAUAAAAGCCUGGACUACCUUCUCUUUGAACCAUACAAAAGUAAUCAUAUGAACUGGUCAGACCGUUACAGAAUUAUACAAGGAAUUACACAGGGAAUUUUAUAUCUACAUGAACAUUCACGAUUAAAAGUUAUACACCGUGAUCUUAAACCCAGUAAUAUAUUAUUAGAUAAUGAUAUGAAUCCAAAGAUUUCAGAUUUUGGAUUAGCAAGAAUGGUUGCUGUAGAUCAAUAUCAAAGAGAAACAAAGAGAAUCGUGGGAACAUAUGGAUAUAUGUCACCAGAAUAUGCAAUGCAUGGACAAUUCUCAGAAAAAUCAGAUGUUUUCAGUUUUGGAGUUAUAAUAUUAGAAAUAGUAAGUGCGAAAAAAAAUGCACGAGAAGUUUUCCAAGAUGAUGAUGACCUCUUGAGCUAUGCUUGGGAUCAAUGGAGGGAUCGGACACCAUUAAACAUAUUAGACAAAAAUAUUAAGGAAUCUUGCAAUCACAGUGAAGUCAUAAAAUGCAUCCAAAUAGGUUUAUUAUGUGUACAAGAGAAGCCUCAUGACAGACCUACAAUGACACAAGUUGUUUCAUAUCUCAGUAGCUCUUUAUCUGAGUUGCCAUUUCCUGAAAAACCCAUAAACUCUAAUCAAAGUGGACUAGUUCAAAAGAUGUUAGUAGGAGGAUCCAGUUCAGGUUCUGCGCAAACAAUAAAUGAAAUGUCUGUGAGCAUAUUUAUCCCUCGUGAAAUAGAGUUGAAGGAGGAUGAACUAAAAAUGGUGAUUGAUGGUGGUGGACUGGAUGGUGAUGUUAAUAACACACUUACUAUUCCAAUUCCAAAAUCUUGUGUUGUGCGCGAAACGAUGUUUGGGCGCAACAUGUUCCUCUCCAACUCCAUCAACCAUGUUACCUUUCUUCUGUUCCUGUCUCUCUUCGUAAUCGAACCGUUUUGUUCCUCUGCAGCUCCGGUUUACAAUUACUGCCCAACCAACGCAUCCUACAAUUCCACCGCAACAUUCGAAACCAAUCUCAAAUUCCUCCUCGAAUCUCUCGUCUCCAACAUUUCCCAAUCCGACGGCUCCUAUUUCACCGCCAUGGGCUUGGGGACCACAAGUGCCGCCAGCGGCUAUUUCCUCUGCCGCGGCGACGUCUCCCUCGCCACGUGUAACGACUGCAUAACCACCGCCGCCACCGAAAUAACACAACUCUGCCCCAACAAAACAGAGUCCAUAAUAUGGUACGACGAGUGCACGCUCCGUUUCACCAACACCUACUUCGACCCCGCCAGCAUCGAACCGGGAGCUAGCUUAUGGAACGGUGAAAACAUCUCCACCUCCGACUUGGGCAGCUUUAACGGAACGUUGUUCGGCUUGUUGGACGAUUUGGUGGAAGAAACAGCGAAUUCUAACUCGGCGAGGAAAUUCGCCACCGGCGAUAGAGAAUUCGCCGGAUCCUCGGCUCAGAGAAGGGUGUACGCCCUGACGGAGUGCGAGCCGAGCUUAACGAGUAGUAGUUGUGAAGAGUGUUUGCAAAACGCGAUUUCUACUCUACCCUCAUGCUGCGAAGGAAAAGAGGGCGCGAGGGCUCUGCUUGCGUGGUGCAAUGUUAGAUACGAAUUGUUUCAGUUUUACAAUACGAACGCCACGUCACCACCCUCAUCAGGGAAUAACCAUUAUGCAUUACGAGUAAUCCUCAUUGUUUCCCUUGUUAUUGUGUCGAUAAUUCUCCUAUGUGGUGUCUGCUAUUUCAUAUUCAAAAGAUCAAGGAAGAAAUACAACACUCUUCUAAGGGAAAAUUUUGGAGAAGAAAGUUCCACUUUGGAAUCGUUACAUUUUGAUUUGGCCACAAUAGAAGUUGCCACAAAGAAGUUUUCACAUGAAAACAGGAUAGGUGAAGGUGGAUUUGGAGAUGUUUAUAAGGGUAUCCUUCAAGAUGGACGAGAAAUAGCAGUUAAAAAACUUUCACAUAGCUCAGGCCAAGGUGCAGCUGAAUUUAAGAAUGAGAUUUUGUUAAUAGCAAAACUUCAACACAAAAAUUUAGUGACGUUGUUAGGAUUUUGUUUGGAAGCUCAAGAAAAGAUGCUUAUUUAUGAAUUUGUGCCUAAUAAAAGCCUAGACUACUUUCUAUUUGAUCCAUACAAAAGUAGUCAAAUGAAUUGGUCGGAACGAUACAAAAUUAUUCAAGGAAUUAGACAAGGAAUUUUAUAUUUACAUGAACAUUCCCGAUUGAAAGUAAUACAUCGUGAUCUCAAACCUAGCAAUAUAUUAUUGGAUGUCAACAUGAAUGUAAAGAUAUCAGAUUUUGGAAUGGCAAGAAUUGUUGGUGUAGAUCAAUAUCAAAGAAACACAAAUAGAAUAGUGGGAACAUAUGGAUAUAUGUCACCGGAAUACGCAAUGUAUGGACAAUUUUCAGAAAAAUCAGAUGUUUUCAGUUUUGGAGUUAUAAUAAUAGAAAUAGUUAGUGCAAAAAAAAAUGCCAGACAUGUUUUUUCAGAUGAUGAUGACCUUUUGAGCUAUGCUUGGGAUCAAUGGAGGGAUCGGACACCAUUAAACAUAUUAGACAAAAAUAUUAAGGAAUCUUGCAAUCAGAGUGAAGUCAUAAAAUGCAUCCAAAUAGGUUUAUUAUGCGUGCAAGAGAAGCCACAGGACAGACCUACAAUGACACAAGUUGUUUCAUAUCUCGGUAGCUCUUUAUCUGAGUUGCCAUUUCCUGAAAAACCCAUAAAUUCUAAUCAAAGUGGACUAGUUCAAAGGAUGGUAGUAGGAGGAUCCAGUUCAGGUUCUACAAAAUCGAUAAAUGAAAUGUCUGUGAGCAUAUUUAUUCCUCGGUAGUAUAUAUGUAUAUUCUUGUGUAUAAAUAAAUUAUAUAUCCUAUCUAGUUAAAAUCUCCAUUAAUUUGAUAUUCUGUUUA